AUGCGCUACGCUCUUAUAUUCUUUUCAGCUCCUAUUACCGUUCUUGGGCUCGGCAUCGAAUCUUUGUUUCACAGCGAACAUCGCGGACAUAGAGUCAAUCAGGGUAAUCAGGGUAUCGCCAGGCCUGAGACUGGUCCUUUGUGCUGCGGCCAAAGCGUUGCAGACCCUACUAAUACCUGUAGUGGAUUAAAUUUGAACUCAUUUUGUUGCUCUGAUAGGCCGAGCAAUGUUGGCAUUGGAUGCAACAACUUAGCAAGAUUUCCAGUCGGACGCCAGGUCCAGGCCUUUGCGUCUAGCGAAGUUCUUUGUGAUGGAGUUGGAUUCAUUGGAUGCGCAUAA